AGUUACCACGUCGAAAAUCCCUUUAAAAAAGUUACGCACAGAUUAUAUCCAAUCUUCGGGGCCAGAGAGAGCUAUACAUAGACCUAUAAAGGAGCUAUACCUAUAGGUACCUACCUACUAAACUUUGAUUUUUGCGAUUAACGAAACCUACAAAGAAAAAUGAGUUGCCCGUACAACGCUGAGCAAUUAGACCAGUUGAAAUCCUUUGUGGAAAUAUGUAAAACACAGCCGCAACUAUUACACCAUCCACAAUUGGCGUUUUUUAAGGAUUAUCUGAUAUCUCUUGGUGUAUCAUUGCCGACCGCUACUUUUGGUGCCAAAGAUUUUACGGCUGCUGGUGAUAAAAAAUCUAGCAAUGAAGAAAAAGUGGAAUCGUCAUCUGACGAGGAACAGGAGCCUGAAUCAGAUGUAGAAUUAGAUAUGGAAGGUGUCAUAGCUCCUGAUCAAACAGACGAAUCUCAAGACAUGGGUGAUCCAAACAAGGAGGUCACUGAAGAAGAAAGAGAUGAGUCAGAUGAAAAGCGCUCUGAAGCAAUGAGAGCAUUCUCGGAACAAAAAUACGACGAAGCUAUUAAUCUAUAUACUGCAGCCAUACAAUUAAAUCCACAGAGUGCUUUGUUGUUUGCUAAACGGGGACAGGUGUAUCUAAAACUAAACAAACCAAAUGCAUGUAUUAAAGACUGCACACAUGCCUUAGAGUUGAACUGUGACAGCGCAGCUGCCUACAAAUUCCGAGGGCGAGCAUAUAGGCUCUUGGGUAAAUUUGAAGAAUCUUCCCACGAUCUUUGUGAAUCUUUAAAGAUUGACUAUGAUGAUCAAACAAAUGAGUGGCUUAAUGAAGUUAAACCAAAUGCUGAAAAAUUACGUCAACACAAAUUAAGUGCCCAACGUAAAAAAGAGGAGAAAGAGCAUAGAGAGAAAUUACGCAGAGCCCGUAAAGCACAGGAAGCAAGAGCACGUGCUGCUCAGGCCCAAGCCAAUGCUGCAGCUGGUGCAACACCCGGGGAUUUCCCUGGCUUCCCUGGAGGCAUGCCUAAUGUCCCUGGUGGUAUGCCUGCUGGUGUAAAUCUGGAUGACUUCAAUGACAUGUUCCUGGAUCCAGAAAUUAUGGCAGCAUUCCAGGAUCCUGAAAUAUCUGCAGCAUUCAAAGAUGUUACAAGUAAUCCAGCAAAUUUCAUUAAAUAUCAGAACAAUCCUAAAAUUGCUGCUGUUAUAGCUAAAUUACAAGCGAAACUUGGUAGACGUUCUGGUGGACCUGCGGGCGGCUUUCCAGGUUUUGGUGGACCCAAACCUGGCGCUGGACCACGGUCGUCCGCCGAUGAUGACGUCGGACUUGAUUAAUAUUUCAUAGUCUUUAACUAACAUUCUAAAUUUUGCUUAUAAAAUAUAUUCGAUCGUAUAUUUGUACUGUACCAAUUUAAAGAACGGGAAAAGUUUAACGCUAUUAAAUUUUUCUUCAUUUGUCACCUAAAAUUAUUCGUCAUUCUCGAGCCAACAUUACUUAAACAGUCAAAUAACGGGACCGUCAAAAGGUCGCUGGAUUUAAAAAACUUAUGUAUAUUGAAAUGUUGCGAAUUAUAUAUAGAAACUUGAAUGUAAGAUUCUAUUUCAUUUCAUAAUAUAACUUUCUAACAGUUUUUUUUUUAAUUAUUGCAUAUGUUUUCAUAAAGCGGGCUACAUACAUGCAUUUGAAACAGCACUACAUUGUAGCGUUACUGAUAGUUUUCACUUAUUUAACUGAUGAUUAUUAUUACUUACUCCCUUUUUGUCCACAUAAUUAUAGUGAGUGAAAGCUAAUAAUAUGUUGCUGAUUCUUUAUUAAUAGUCGGUUACUAAAAAUAACACCGCCUCAUUAAGGACUAGGUAUGUAGCCCUUCUACUUGUGUAUGCAUUUCGUUGGUAACACCUAGAAUUGUAUUUGCUAACAUUUUGUCAAUAUAAAGAUGUUAGUUAAAAUAAA